CUCUUCUCGAGCAACCGCUUAAAACUCCUACCUCCACUUGUUUCUUCCGCCAUUUUUCACUCAGCUGCUUGUUAGACUUAAAAUAUGGGAAGCGAUACAGAAGCAGAGAAGUCGAUUCAAAAGGAGAAGAAGAAGGUCAUCUCCCUUGCUCCAAUCGCUAAACCUCUCGCCGGAAAAAAGCUUCAGAAGAGGACAUUCAAGCUCAUUCAGAAAGCUGCUGGAAAGAAGUGUCUGAAGAGAGGCGUUAAAGAAGUUGAGAGCAUUCGACGUGGUCAGAAAGGAAUAUGUGUUAUAGCUGGAAACAUAUCUCCCAUCGAUGUGAUUACCCAUGUUCCAAUCUUGUGUGAGGAAGCUGGUAUUCCUUACGUCUAUGUUCCAUCAAAAGAGGAUCUUGCGCAAGCCGGUGCUACAAAACGACCUACUUGUUGUGUCUUGGUCAUGCUUAAACCUGCAAAAGGAGAGCUAAGUGUCGAAGAUCUCGAAAAGUUGAAGUCAGACUACGAGCAAGUUGCUGAUGAUGUUAAAGAGCUUUCAUCAUCUGUAAUCUGAAUCAGAAAAACACACGAACCGUGUCUUUCUUAUUUUGUUUGUUUGCUUAAUGAAUAUGAUGAGAUUUUAAAGCC